UCAAAUGUACUUUGUUAUUUGCAAACCAGAUGAGUCUUGACUGUUUUUCUCUGGGGUGUUUGCAACGCAGUGUUCAGUUUUCACUGGCACCCUCCUCCCUGCACCCACCUGAAAUGCUGUGUUGCAGAGAGGGAAGUGCAUGAAGUACACGCUUCAGGAGAGACAAGGAGGCCUUCAAAGACUGUUCAGGAGCUACUUCUCAGAUGUUUGUCAUUUGCACGUAACUGAGACCAAAAGAGAAAGAUGUCAGCACCAAAGCACACAUCCUCUGUAAAACCACGCAGUCUUUUUGUGCUUCUGACAUUAAAAGAUAGCAUCCAUUUCAGCCCUGUGCUACUCUCUAAGGCAGUAAUGUCCUCCUCAUCCUCUUCAGCACUGGAGAUGGAGAUCUUCCAGUACGUUGAUGCACAUCAAAGUGAUUUCAUCAAGGGUCUGAAGGAAUGGGUGGCUGUGGAAAGCAAUUCUGUUCAACCACAUCUGAGGAAAGAAGUAAUGCAAAUGAUGGCACUGGCAGCAGUUGCAACACUGGGAGCCACUGUUAAUUUAGUAAACCUGGGGUCGCAUCAGCUGCCUCAUGGCCGAGUCCUCUCAUUGCCUUCUGAUCUUGGAGAAUGGGGGAAGGAUCCACAAAACCCCACUGUAUGUUUCUACAGUCAUGUGGAUGUGCAGCCUGCCAAGAAGGAAGUUGGCUGGAACACUGACCCCUACACACUGACUGAAAUCUAUGGAAACCUCUAUGGAUGUGGAGCAACAGACAAUAAGGGACCAGUCCUAGCCUGGAUAAAUACAGUGGAAACAUUUAGAGCUGUGAAAUUAGCUGUGCCAGUGAACUUCAAGUUUGUAAUUGAAAGCAUGGAAGAAGCAGGAUCCUUGGAGCUAGAGAAGCUACUUGAUGAAGAAAACCAGGGCUUUUUCUCUGAUGUUGAUCAUAUUGUAAUUUCAGAGAACCUGUGGCUCAGCAACAAGAAGCCUGACCUUACCUAUGGGAGUCGGGGAAAUGCCUGCUUCUUAUAACCAGUGGUUUUGGUACAGGUUGGGUGUGGCAGCAAGGACCUGAUACACUCUGGAACUUUUGGAAGCAUCAUUCAUGAGCCGCUGCUGGACAGCCUUGUGGAUUCCACAGAUUAUAUUCAGAUCCCUGGAAUCUACGACAGUGUUGCUGCCCUGACAGAGGAGGAAAGGAAGUUAUAUGAAUCGAUUGAAUUUGAUCUAGAGGAACAUAGAAAUAACUGUGGUGUGAAAAAAUUCCUCUAUGGCACCAAGGAAGAAAUACUCCUACACUUAUGGUAUUACCCCUCUCUCUCUGUUCAUAGGAUUGAAGGAGCUUUCCAUGAACCAGGCAUUAAAACAGUCAUUCCAGCAAAAGUAAUUGGCAAAUUCUCAAUCCAUCAUGUCCCCCACAUGGACCUUUUAGUUGUGAAAGAACAGCUUUUUUGAAAAGUAUUUUGCCUACAUGUGGUGGAACACUUGGAGGGUGUCUUUUCCAAGAGGAACAGUCCAAACAAACUGAAAGUGUCCAUGCCUUUGGGUGCAAAGCCCUGGCUUGCUGAUGCUAAUGAUCUACUAUAUAAAGCAGCAAGAAGGGCAAUAAAACUAGUUUUUGGAGAAGAUCCAGAUUUCAUCUGUGAUGGUUCAACAAUUCCUGUUGCCAGAAUGUUUCAGACUGUGACACAGAGAAGUGUGACGAUUCUUCCAAUUGGAGCGGCUGAUGAUGGGGAGCAUUCCCAGAAUGAGAAAAUAAGCAGACACAACUAUAUUGAAGGAACCAAAUUGUUUGCAGCUUUUUUCCUGGAGAUAGAAAAGCUACAUUGGAACUUAGAUGAAACUUCCCACACAGAGACUAUCAGCUGACAGAUCAUAUCAAGAAAAUCAGCAAAGCACUUUCUUAAAUUUUUGAACUUAUAUCAAACAUAUAAAUCACAUAUUCAGUGGCUGUGAAUUGGUGGGGAAAAAAAAUAAAUGCUGUGCUAUUUCCUGGCA